AUGGCUCCUAAAUCCAGUUCCUCUAGUUCUGCUGCUAAAAAGAAGUCUACUUCAGGAGAUGGUGAUGCAUUAAAACAACCAAAAUUUAAACUUCCAACUGAGUUUAUCGCAAGACCUCAUCCUUCAAACAAGACAAACCCUCAGGAAGUAUGUGAAGUUAUUGUUCAUCCUGCUGUUCUUAAAGAAUUGGGAAUCAAUUCAGGACUCAUGUGUGUUGUCUCCAAGAUAGGAUUUAAAGGUAUUGUUGCUAUAGCCAAAGCCGGUGAUGAGGGCUCUCAACCACAUAAUGUUAUAAUGUUGUCAUCUACAUUAAGAUCUAUUAGUAAUAUCAUAUUAGGUGAUAGAUUAGAGAUAUCUAAGAUACAAUGUCAACCUCCAAAAUUGAUCAAUGUUACAGUUGGGACUGCCCAAGGUAUAGAGAUCACCGAUGAAGCUGUCCAAAAGAAAGUAGAGAAAUUAUUACAAGAUGCUGGUAUUAUUGCCCCAGGUAUGGUAUUUAGUAAUUAUGCAUUAAAUGAAACUGAAAAUGUAGAUUUGAUUGUAAUUGGAACCAGUGAUGAUUCAUUACCAGAUGUAUCAAAAGUUGAACUUGAGUCUAACUCUAAUGAGAAUAGCGAUGCGUAUUCUACAUUCAUAUCACCUGCUGGUAUUUUCCGCAAGGAUUCUGCAAAAGUUAGAUUCACAUCACAAUCACAGGUUGAUUCAAAGUACAAUCUCCCUCAACGAUUCUUAUACAACGAUGUUGGUGGUUUGAAAAGGGAAAUUGAUUCGUUAACCAAAACAAUUGAAUUACCAUUACAUCAGCCAAACUUGUUUUCAGAUUUUGGUAUUAACCCACCAAGAGGUGUUCUGUUACAUGGUCCACCAGGUACUGGUAAAACAAUGUUAUUAAGAUGUGUUGCAAACAGUAGCAAUGCUCAUGUGUUAACAAUUAAUGGUCCAUCAAUUGUUUCUAAAUAUUUAGGUGAAACCGAAGCUAAAUUACGUGAAAUCUUUGAUGAAGCUCAGAAAUAUCAACCAUCAAUUAUCUUUAUUGACGAGAUAGAUUCUUUGGCUCCAAAUAGAGCCAACGAUGAUUCUGGUGAAGUAGAAAGUAGAGUUGUCGCAACAUUAUUGACUUUGAUGGAUGGCAUGGGAGGUUCUGGAAGAUUAGUUGUUGUCGCAGCAACAAAUAGACCAAACUCCGUUGAUCCAGCAUUGAGAAGACCAGGAAGGUUUGAUCAAGAAGUAGAAAUAGGAAUACCUGAUGUGGAUGCUAGAUUUGAUAUUCUAAAGAAACAAUUCUCAAGAAUGUCAGAGGAACGUCACACUUUGAAUGAAGAUGAUAUCAAAAAUAUUGCUUCAAAAACUCAUGGUUAUGUAGGUGCUGAUUUGUCAGCAUUAUGCAGAGAAUCUGUUAUGAAAACUAUCCAAAAAGCUUUGAAUAAUUCUGAACCAAUUGACAGAUCGAAGUUACAAGUUACAUUAAAAGAUGUCGAAAAUGCUAUGGCUGAAAUAAGACCCAGUGCAAUGAGAGAAAUUUUCCUAGAAAUGCCUAAAGUCUAUUGGUCUGAUAUUGGUGGUCAAGAUGAUUUGAAAAGAAAAAUGAAGGAAGUAAUUCAAUUGCCAUUAGAAGCUGCUGAAACCUUUGCCAACCUUGGUGUGUCAGCUCCUAAGGGUGUCUUAUUAUAUGGUCCUCCUGGUUGUUCCAAAACUCUAACAGCAAAAGCUUUGGCUACUGAAUCUGGAAUCAAUUUCCUUGCUGUGAAAGGUCCUGAAAUAUUUAACAAGUAUGUUGGUGAAUCAGAACGUGCUAUAAGAGAAAUAUUCCGUAAGGCUAGAGCUGCCUCACCAAGUAUUAUAUUUUUUGAUGAAAUCGAUGCUAUAUCUGCCGCGAGAGAUGGUGGAUCUUCAACUGCUGCUGCAAGCCAUGUUUUAACUUCAUUGUUAAAUGAAAUCGAUGGUGUCGAAGAACUGAACGGUGUUGUGAUUGUAGCUGCAACUAAUAGACCCGAUGAAAUCGAUCCUGCUUUAUUGAGACCAGGUAGAUUGGACAGACAUAUAUACGUCGCACCUCCUGAUUAUGAAGCUAGAUUACAAAUAUUAAAAAAACGUACUGGUAAAUUUAAUUUAGAAGGUUCCAACGUUAAUCUUGAAGAAUUAGCAAAGCAUACAGAAGGUUGCUCUGGUGCAGAAGUCGUAUUACUAUGCCAAGAGGCAGGUCUUGCUGCCAUCAUGGAGGAUUACAAUGCUUGCAAAGUUAACUCUAUUCACUUUGAUAAAGCUUUAUCUGAAAUUUCAAGAGGUAUCACUGAAGAAAUGUUAGAAUAUUAUCAAGAAUUCGCACAGAAAAGUGGUGUAUCAAUAAAUUAA